AUGAGCGAAGAAAAUUAAUUGAAUGCAGAUAAAAACUAAAACAAAAAUAAUCUUGAGAAAAUAAUAAAGUUAGAUAAAAAGAAUGGGAAUUUUGAUAUUUAUGAUAAAUACUCCAGACGCAAGCUGAAGAUUAGAACAUCAUAGAACAAUUCCUACAUCAACAGUUCGUAUUAGAAUGAAUACAUUUUAUGUUAUUUUUGGAGACAUAUUAACUAAGUGUACUUUAAGAAAGUGGAUGAACCUGAGUAUGAGAGGCUUGAUUACCUCAAAGCUAUGAAUGAUGAUGCUAUUGUGACAGAAUUUCCUGUGAAAUAUGCUGAUUAUAAGUUUUAUUAAGCAAGAUAAAUCUUAAAUAAACAACAGAUUUAAUCAGAAAAUAAAACUUAUUGGGAGAAUAUUUAGAAGCAUAUCAAGUUGAGUGGUCUCAUUCACAAAGCAAAGGCUCUAAAAAUACCUUAGAUCGAGAAAAUUUAUUACAUGAAACAAAAAUCAAUGGUUAAAUUUAAAUAAAAAAACAUCAGUUCGUUAAUAUAAGAAAAUGCAUAAUUGGAUAAAUUGUUAGACAAGUUGAAUGAACAGAUAGAACUGAGAACAGGACAAAAAGAUGAAAUAUUUCAGCAGUUAUAAGAGUAUUCAAAUGAAUUAUAACAACUAAAUAAAUCCAAUAAGAAAGAUCUAUAAAAUCUGACUUAAAAAAUCAAAAGCGAGCAACCUUUAAAUGUCUUUGGAACCUAAGUGCAUAUUUAUAAGUAAGGCAGAGGCAAUAAUGCUCUCAGUAAAAAUCAAAUCAUUUAUAAUAAUGAUGCAUUAUUGACUUAUUUAAGAAAGAGUCUUGAAUAGCUAGACUAUAGAUAGACUGCAGAGUCUAUAGUUAAAGUCAUAAACAGUGUGCAUUCUCCUAAUGGUUAUUAAUUUUGUGUAGCAUUCGAAUAAGCAUUAAACUCAACCUAUGUCAAUAUAGAGGAAGAUUUGAUGUACGAAUUGGAUAAACUAAGAGAUACUUCUUUAUUUAAAUUCUACAAUAUCCCUUAAAAAACUAAAUAUUCUCACAUUGCUUAAAAUUUUAUUGGAAUAAAUCAAGUACAAUAAAACAGACAAAAACCUAAUCCAUUGAUAAAUAAAAAUCUAACCAAAGAAUCUAAAGCAGCUUAAUCUAAUGAUAAUGAUUCUACUUUGUUAAGAUAUGAGGCAUGCCACCAUUGCAAAAUGCUGUUUAGAGAAGAAUAUCUUAUCUCUUGUAAUUAUAGAAGUGGAACCAUGGGAUUACCGAUUAUAAAUUCAUCAAUAACAGAUUCCUAUUUGUUUACUCAAAUGGAUGAUGAAGGAAUAAAGAGUAGAAGAUAAGUCCCAAAUAGAAAGAAAACUGCAUAUAGCAUUUAUUCAAAAAAGAAUGGGGAGUUGAUUUGUUAAAGAAAGUUCUGUAGAAUGUGUUUGAAAUAAAAUUAUGAUAUAAAAAUUGAGGAAGUAACCUAGAAGACAGAUUGGGUUUGUCCUUUUUGCUAAGCUAUCUGUUUUUGUUCCCGUUGUCAAAGAAAUGAUAUAAUGAUAAAAUUGAAGGACUUAUAUACUAUUUGUGGAGGGGAUCUAGAAUAAUUAACUAAAGAUUCUAUUUUUGAAAAGUACGUUCGUCCCUUAACUGAUGAUUAAUUAUAUAGAAAAAAACCCAGUCAACUUUAGAGAACUGGCUACUCUUUUGUAAAAUAAUAGUUGAACAGUUUCAAAGAUAUGUAGGGAAUUAGGUUGGAUUUCGAGAAUUUGAGAUUGCUGUGUUCGUAAGUCAUGAGGAGGGAGAAAAUGAAAUGGAAAAUAUUGGAAUAAGAUAUUCUCAUUUGGAAUUACGAAGUUAAAUAACAGAAAUAACAAAAAGAAUAAACCUCAAAAAUGACAUAAAAAAAAUAAAAAACUCAGAAGAAGAUAAAGAAAAUUACUAAGAAGGUUCAGAAAUCUGAUGUUGAAUAUAUAUAGGAAUUAUCUUCCUCUUCUUCCUUAUCAUCUAGUAGUAGUGAGUAUUAAUAAAGUAGUGAUUAUGAAUCUGAAGAGAAUGAAAAAAAUAACAAUAAUAACAACAAUAACAAUAAUAAUAGCAAUAACAAUAAUAAUAACAAUAAUAACAAUAAUAAAUAGAAAAAUUAAAAAUCGAAUGUGAAAUCAUAAAAAAUGAGAUCAAAAAAUCACAAAUAAGUCAGUAGUGACAAAUAGCAAUCAUUAAAUAAGAUUUUACAAAAUUACAAGUCAUUUCCUGCCAAAAACGUUAAGAGAGAAGUUGCCUAUUUAUUGCAGUAUUAAGACAGUGACACCUAUAGUCUAAUUGUAAAAAAAAUCAAACAAGAUCAAUCGAUUAACUCCUUAAAGAGAUGAAAAAUGUUAUAAAAUACAACAUAACUAAAACAAAUAAUAUAUAUCAAA